AUGGAAAUUAUUAAGACUUCCAACAAAACCUUUGGAAUAACGAGCGUCACCGAGACACCACACGCUAACAAAGUGUUUAUUAUAAAGAUUAUAAAGUUUAAUCUCGGGGAAAGGCCGGCAGCAAAGCAGUCACUGGUUAACGUAUGGUUUAAAGAAGAGUCUCCAGACACUCGCGUUCCGCUCCCGCCAAAUUAG